CAAAAAAAGCGGAAAUUUGAGAUGCAGGUAAUGGAAUGAGCUCCGUAUAGUGCGAUCGUUUUAAAGCAUUAUAUGUUGAACUGUCAAAUUUUAACCAUUUUCGUUAGUUCGACAUGCAGUUUAGUAAGACGUUAACAAAAGUGAAGAAAUUAGCUACGGGUUAUUAUAUCGGUGGCAUUAUAUUGUCACUCGCUUUCUUCGUCUUGAAGAUUACGAAUGGGUUGUGUACCUUUGUUUUUGGCGCGGAAAAUGAAUGUGGCCUUGAUCGGAGGGAACAUGAGAUUAUGGUAUUCCUUGCUAUUAUGAUAUUUUACAAGAAUCGGAAGGCAGCAAACUGGAUGCAUUGCCUUGCGAAUAUGUUCCUGUUCUGCAAAUUAGCCAAUAUUUUCCUAUUUUUGAGGGCUGACCUUAUUGCUGGUAUUGUCUACAUCUGUGCUUGUCUAGUACAUUCCGUUUUCUAUCCAGAACCAGUUUGUGCAGAAUCAGAGAGAACACUUGUUUAUAACAACACAGAAUUAUAUGAGGAAAUUCAGCGAAAUACAAAAAUGACUUGGUUAAUUUAUUUCUACACUUCUUGGUCGCCAGAUUGCAAACACGUUUCUCACGUUUUUGCAGAGUUAAGUGACAGGUUUCACUUGCCAAAUCUAAGAUUUGCUAAAUUAGACGUGGGAAAAUGGUCGCAGGAAGCUAAGAGGUUCCGAAUCAAUAUACAUCCAACUAGUAGACAGUUACCAACGAUUUCAUUGUUCAAAGAAGGCAAGGAGAUACAGCGGCGACCUGCAGUACAUAACCGACGUGCUCUACCUUUCAUUUUCACUGAAGAGAACUGUAUCCUCGCAUUUGAUCUCAUUAAUUUGUAUGAACAGUGCAAGUCAAGCAUGACAAAGCAUGAAAAAGAACAAUUCAUGAAUGAACAGUCGAAGAAAGAAAAGUAAAGCCAAGUAUUAUUGUUUUGCAUUAAGUAUUAUUGAAAAAAAAGAGCUUUAAAUAACGAGAUUUAUUCAUCCGUGAAUCAUAUUCUUCGCAAAAGAUCUGUGUUUGUAGAAUUGAGACUAGUUUUAUUCCACUUAGAUCCAAUCAAAUUAUAGAAAAUGCCAUAAUUUAGUGUUAGUACAUUUAUUGUCAAAUGUC